CUCCACCACACCAUUAGCUUAGCUCUCCAUCGAUAAUUAGGGGGCUCACAUAAUCACAUCCCUUGCGAGGUACAGGACCUCAGGUUGCCUCUCAGAGUCUCUCAGUCGACCCUUCCAGAAAGGAUCUAAUCAAAUGGCUGUCAGCCGAUCGAUUCAGCUAUUGCUGAGGAAGAAACUUCAGUCCCAAUAUACCGUUCUUCCAUCAUUAUCUGCCUCCACCCCAAAGCAGGAUCAAGAUGGGUUUGUCUCUGCUGGCAUGAGGUCUCUAAGGGCAAUGGCACUUAUUGGAGCAGGUGCUUCUGGACUUUUGAGUUUCGCAACGAUAGCAUCUGCUGAUGAGGCAGAACAUGGUUUAGAGUGUCCGAGCUAUCCUUGGCCUCAUAAAGGCAUUCUCAGUUCAUAUGAUCAUGCAUCGAUUCGUCGUGGUCAUCAGGUUUACCAACAAGUUUGUGCAUCUUGCCAUUCAAUGUCUCUAAUUUCAUAUCGUGAUCUUGUGGGAGUGGCAUAUACUGAAGAGGAGACAAAGGCUAUGGCUGCAGAAAUUGAGGUGGAUGAUGGGCCUAAUGAUGAGGGUGAGAUGUUUACCCGCCCUGGUAAACUGAGUGAUCGUUUUCCUCAGCCAUAUGCAAAUGAACAAGCAGCAAGAUUUGCUAACGGAGGGGCAUAUCCUCCAGAUCUAAGCCUUAUCACCAAGGCCCGCCAUAAUGGCCAGAACUAUGUGUUUGCCCUUCUGACUGGCUAUCGCGAUCCUCCUGCUGGUAUUUCGAUUCGAGAAGGGCUGCAUUAUAAUCCUUACUUCCCUGGAGGAGCAAUUGCUAUGCCCAAAAUGCUUAUUGAUGGUGCUGUUGAGUAUGAAGAUGGUACACCUGCAACAGAAUCUCAGAUGGGAAAAGAUGUGGUGACAUUUUUGUCAUGGGCUGCAGAGCCGGAAAUGGAAGAGAGGAAACUGAUGGGAUUCAAAUGGAUAUUUGUACUGUCACUCGCACUUCUCCAAGCUGCUUAUUACCGGCGCUUGAAGUGGUCUGUCCUGAAGUCUCGCAAGUUAAUCGUUGAUGUUGUCAACUGAUCCCUCUUUCGUUAUCUCUCAAUCUGUUUGUAUUGGAUUAGAUGUCAACUGGCUUCUCUCUUUGUUCUCUUUCCCUUGAAAUUCGGGAGGAGUGGAGGACACGAAUUGUCAAUAAUGGAUGUUGAGGAUCUAUUUUUGUUAUACCUUAUUUCUUCAUAAUAAGUUUUGUUAUACUUUAGUCCCCAUUUUAAUCUAUUUUUGAGAGAGAAAUAUAUAUUCUA